GCCCGCGGGUGAUGAAUGUGGAACGUGCCAAGAUUGCUGCAGAGCUGGGGCGUUUGGAGGCAAUGCUGAGUGACAAUAACUCUGUGAAGCUGAAAAGUGAUUGUUCACCUCCUGUGCAAUGGUGUAAGGUGGCUGCACAUGAAGAUGAGAAGACCAAGCUGGUUUUUAAAAGACUUCUUGCACUGUUUGUGGUUGGAGGGUGCUUCCUUUAUAUCCUAAAAUUACAUUUUGGCCCUGAAGAAUGUGACAGAACAAAAAUGCCGUAUGUGGACCUCGAUCGUGUAAGGAGAGCACAACAGUAUGCCAGCGCUGCAUUGCAGGAACAGUGCCGACCUUCUUAUGUGAAGAAAGAAAUGGGGAAGUUAUUUGCGGAGAAAUAUAGCAUGGACAUAUCUCCCUUUGUAAGAAAAAAUAUAAAUGAAGAUGAAGCUUUAUUUAAAUAUCAGCCUCCUUUUGGAUUUCAAAAGUUCUUUGAUAAGCUUAAAAAUCUCCUUGAACUCUUACCUGAGCAUGAUUUACCAGAAGAUUUGAAGUCAAAACACUGUAAGCGUUGUGUUGUUGUUGGCAGUGGUGGAAUUCUUCAUGGAUCAGAGCUGGGUCACUUAUUGAAUCAGUUUGAUAUUGUUAUAAGGUUAAAUGAUGCACCAGUUCAAGGAUACACAGAUCACGUUGGUAACAAAACUACUAUACGGAUGACUUACCCAGAAGGAGCCCCCCUUUCUGAACACGAGUAUCCUCCUGCUAGCUUGUUUGUGGCUGUUUUGUUUAAAAGCGUUGAUUUCAAUUGGCUUCAAGCAAUGGUAAAAAACGAAACCUUGCCUCUGUGGGUGCGACUCUUCUUUUGGAAGGAGGUUGCUGAGAAAAUUCCUUUUACAUCAAAGCAGUUUCGAAUUCUGAAUCCUGUCAUCGUCAAAGAGACAGCUUUGGACAUUUUACAGUUCCCUGAACCUCGAUCAAAAUUCUGGGGUUGGGAUAAGAAUGUACCUACAAUUGGGGUCACAGCAGUUGUUCUGGCCACACAUUUAUGUGAUGAAGUGAGCUUAGCAGGAUUUGGAUAUGACCUCGAUCAGCCCAGCACACCUUUGCACUAUUACAACAACCUCUGCAUGGCUGCCAUGAACGGACAAACUAUGCACAAUGUGACAAGCGAAACAAAGUUCCUGCAAAAACUGAUCAAAGAAAAAGUUGUCAAAGACCUCACUGGUGGGAUACAUUGUGAAUUCUGCGGCAGAGAUAGCUAGUGAUUGAAGUGCAGCAUGGUUUGGAUUUGUUAAAUUUCCAGAGGUUCAGCUGGAACAACCUUUUCACUGUCUUAAGUAGUUCUUUAGAGUGUGUAUAAAAUGGACGUGGAAUCUCUGCUGCCUUUUUUCAUGUUAAGUUCAAUUUGUUGGACUUUUAAAUUUAUUUUGAUGUCAGAUUUUACUUUGCACAUUUUUGUGAGUAACUAUGUAAAUACAACUUGGAGUUGAAAGAGAUCCAUUUAAAAUAUUUAAAGUUUUAAGUUGUGUGAAGAAAAGCAGAGGUUUUGUUUUCAGAUGUGUAUGGUACACACAAUGCUAGCCUGAGUUGUCUAACAGCAUGCAAGAGUUAUUUUCCACUGAACUACUUUGUUGAUCCAGUUCUUGGUGUAUGACUCUUCUUUGUGCACACCAUGAAAAGAAAGGGGUGUGCUUCUCAAGUCUUUCAUUUCUUGCAACCUGAGUGUUGUGUUUCCUCCUCAAAUAUUGAUAUUCUUGUUUUUGUGCUAAUAUUUUUUUUGGGGGUGGAGGAGGAAUGUGGGAGUGGAGGUGAAGGAAGAGGAACUGUUGUGGCAACAACUGAAUAGUAAGUACUUCAGCAUUCAUGAUUGACAUUAAAAUCAUUGAUGCAUUAAUGUAUUGGGUUAGAAUCCUGCUUUAUCAUGAGGCAUGUUUGGGCCCAGGGCGCACCAUAAGAGGAUUUAGCCAGUAGGAGGCUUUCACCUGAACCAGAUCAUUUGUCACUUCCAUUCCUUAAGACCCAGAUAAAUGUUUCUAACUAGUUGAUUUGCAGCAGAGUUCAGCUACCCCAAUUAAAGAAGUGGCAAUAAUACAAAAUCUGCCCCUUUUUUUUUUUUUUUUUGACUUGAGAAUUGCUGGUUCUGUAAAACACUGGUUUGUGUGAAUCUUCCAUUUAGCAAUAAUAGAAUUUAUGACUAGGUUAAAACUUCCAUUGGUUGACUUUAUGAUCCUUAAGUAAUUAAUUACAGAUAUCGUAACCUUAAUAGUUUACAAUGAUGAUAACCCUUAUGAACCUCUAGUGUUGACUAUUUAAUUGAAGGGAGAGGUAGAGUUGUUGGUUUUCCUGGAUCAGCUUUUAAGUCAGCAAUUGGGUGAGUGUGUAUAAGUUAAGAAAAUCACUUUGAGAAAGUAGUAUGAUCUAGUAGCAAGCUAGAUAACUGCUGAAAACAGCAUACUUUAAAAAAAAAAAAAAAGCUAGAGAUAUAUGUUCUUGUGACUGGAAAUCAGUGCAUUGCAAAGAAACUGGACUGUGCAGAUCUGUAAGCAGGUUUUGAUGUUCAUUUUUGUUUUGUUACUAGUAGAGUAGUAGAUAUGACUGUGUUUGCACUGAGUAGUGUUGCUACUCAAUCUACAGUAUGUGAAAAAUGCUUUCUUUGGGAGUGAAAGCUUGUUAGCAGAUUGAUCAAAGGUUGGCCUAGAAAUGUUGUUCAUAGUCAUGGACUCUCCACAUGACGAACAUUCCCACUUUUUUUUUGUUAUGGGUGAAGAUAUGAAUGUAGUUGUAGUUUUAAAUUUUCAAAAUACUAAUGUGGGAAAGCAAGAUUAGGGUGGUUGGGUUUUUUUAUUUUUGUUGGUUUUUUUUUCCGUGGAGAGAAGAUCUAAUGAAUAAUAAUGUUAGAACGCAGGAGGAGCAGGCUGAUUCUUGCUGUUAUACUAAAAGGCAGUAAAAUGACAUCAGAUCAUAAAGCAUAACUCUGAAGAAAGUUGUGGACCUCAUCCUUUGUAAGUCCCAUGUACCUACAUGUCCUUGAAAGCCAGUUGUGAAUGGUGAGCAAAUUUGAAAAUCAGAUUCUUGUCUCUGUGUUUAUAGCAAUAAGAUUAAUCUAACUUCUCCUCUGUGAAACACAUUAAUUUUUGUACUAGCAAUAAAUUUCUAGUCUAUGUUUUUCUUGUAAGUAUAAUAAUUAUAUUGUUUAAUUUAAAAAUAUUUCAUGUGUGAAGAGUUUUAUACAGAUAGUCUUUUAGUUAAUAUAUUAAAAUGCACUAAUUAUUUUCUCCUGGUAUUUAAACUGGAAGCAACGUACCUUAAUUUCAUUUGGUAUUAGUGAAACUUUGGAAGAUUUCAGAAUGCAUGCGUUGGGAGGACAUCCUGAAUACACCGAAAGUACGUGUUUCAGAGCACUUGGUCUCUCACCAGUUUGCUUUAUUCAGUAACUUAAAAAUAAUCAGUUGGUUAAUGUAAAUGCCAAUAGCUUUUUGGAGAUGCUGUAUUUUCUGUCAAAUUCUCAAAUUACGUUGAUGUAGGAUUAGAUUGUUUUCCCACCAGUUUUAUUAUGGCUUGUGAUAAAACAUUGUUCUCUGUGGUAGUGUAUACUGCAUUGAAUACGCCUGCACAGACUCGACCAUCCAUGAAAUGGCAGCAAAGUUCAGGUUGCAAAAAGCAAUAAACUGAUGAACCACU